GAUGAUUCUUGGAACUCUCCUAACCAUCUUUCUUUGUUUUCUGCCAACGUGGAGCCGUCUGCCCGAGGAGCUUCGAGAAGAUGACAGCAAGUGUUACCAACAGUGCUUUCAUAAAUCCGAAAAGGAAUGUCCGAGUCCAAGCGAUUCUUGCAGAUGCCGUCAGUUGAGUGAUUGCAAGAAGGCUGUGGUUUGUUGUGAUAUUAACGAUCAAAAUUUAAAAGAUCAACUGAGAUGCGGAAAUUUGAUUCAAAACGAAAUAGAAGCCCUGCACAUACAAAACGCCACACUAGAAGUCCUGAACCUCAACUUAGCCGAAUGGAAAAACCUAAGGACCAUGGCCAUCACCGAUGGCCGUAUAAAAAACGUCAGCGAGGCCUUUCCUAAAAUGACGAUGGUCUCCUGUCUAAAUUUAUCCUCAAAUGGUAUAAGGGAAUUCCAGAAGAGGUCCUUGUUCAACCUCUUUAAUCUAAGUUUUCUAGAUUUGUCUCACAAUAACUUGACAGAAGUGCCCAACUUUAAGAUGUACGGAGCAGUGACGUUGGAUAUUUUGGGUAAUCCUUCUAUACAAUGCACAAGCGUAAGAGAGACUUUUAACAAAUCAAAGAUAUCGUUUAAAAACGAAAACUCAACGUAUUGCUCAAUUGCCACGAAAACUUUCGGAUGGUUUGAUGCCAAAGAUCAAGUUGCCGUAUCGGAGCUACGAAGAGCUCACGAGCUGGAAAACAAUUGCAUCAAAAACUGUACCUGCAAGCCUCACUCUUUGACCCUUGGCAUGGGGCAACCCCGGGUGUAUACCGUAUCUGUCGAGUGCCCAAGCACUAAUUUGCACUACUUACCGAAGCCUUUACCACCGUAUACUGUCGCCUUAGAUGUUUCUAAUAAUAGUAUAUCAUCCUUGAAAGAAUUGAACGAUCCGUCUUAUCAACAUUUGCGGAUUUUAAUGGCCGACAACAAUGAAAUCACUUCGAUAGAACCUUUAGAAGGCACUGUGUUCAAAAGUAAUUUCGAAAUGCUCAGUUUACGAAACAACAAAAUAAAAAACAUCGAUCCUUAUUUAUUGGAGUUUUACAGAUCGUCUAUAAGUAUGAGAAAAGUUUAUCUUGGAUUGAAUGAGUUAACUUGUGAUUGCACUACUAUAACGGACUUCAAGAUGUGGCUGCAGACCAAGUCGGAUUUCAUCACAGAUUACCGUGAGAUCAAAUGCGAAGGUACCGACAUUAGCGUGAUCAAUAUGGAUCCGUCCAAGUAUUGUAGGAGCCACGAGGAUUGGACGGACUACAUCUACUGGAUAAUAGCCGCAGAAGUGUUCUUACUGAUCAGCCUUAUAACCAAAGUGUCUUACGAUUACUGGGUGUUCAAAACCGCCGGUUACCUGCCUUGGCCUGCCAGCAAAAUGCCCAAGUUGCCUUGUGACUGGCUGUGCGAGUAA